AUGCUAAAGAGUAACAAAACUCACAUUUAACAGCAGAGAAAGUAAACAAAUUAAACUAGCACAAAGAAAAAAAAAAAUAAAGUUUUGAGUUAAUCAAAAUAAGAAUUUAAUGAAAAUUUUACCAUAAUUAUGAAAUUAUAAUUGCUUAUAAGUUCUGAGAAGUAUUUAUAAAAUAAAUUAUUUAUCUUUUAUUUUAUGAGAGAAUGUAAUUUAAUGUGUACGUUUUAGAUAUAGAAAAAACAAAGAAAAUUAGAAAAAAUUGUUUAUAAUCAAUUAAAAUUUGACUAUAAUAGAUAAGAGUAUUUAUUACUCUCCGUAUAAUAUUUAUUUAUUAUUAAUGCAUCGACAAUUUUAUUAAUUCCUUCUAAAAGCACCUAAUUUGCCAAGCAGAAAUCAAUAAAAUUUACAAGAUGA